GUUGCUUUCCUUAUUUAAUCACAAUUCUCAGGAUUUAAACGCUUAUUCUGAUUUUGGUUGAGAUAUGGCGAAGGAGAGCAGUGUGAAAGAUUUCAUAAUAAGCAGUAUCAAAUCCCCUUCUUCCAUCCAUACAACACCAGCUUGGAAUGGGUCACCACAAAUAGCUAAAACAAGUGCACUGCAGAGAAGUAUGAGCGAGGUAGAUUUGGGAUGGUCAAGAGAGGAGCACGCAGCUAUCAAAAUCCAAGCAGCUUAUCGAGGCUAUCUGGCAAAGCAGGCAUUCAGUGUACUGAAAGCGUUGGUGAAAUUACAGGCUGUGUUUCGUGGGUAUUUGGUGAGGCGGCAGGUGCACUUAGCUUUGCAUCGAAUGGAGACCCUCAUGAGUCUACAGGCUCGCCUCCGUUCAAAACAGUUAUUCAUAAACAAUACUCAGUAAUGUUUUAAGCAGCCACUUCGUAUGAAACUUUCUAUAGUAAUAGUAGUCAUCUUAUAAUUCCUUUAUAAGCAGGACUGAUCUGAUCUCUCUGGAUUGAAUUGCCCUCUGUGUGAUGAUCUUUCAACAUUUAAUUAGUAGUAAUCUUGUAAUUCCUUUAUAAGCAAGACUGAUCUGAUCUCUUUGGAUUAAAUUACCCUCUGUGUGAUGAUCCUUCACCAUCUUUUGGUAGUGGUGCUUAUGCUUAAGAUUAACUGUUAUUGCCAUGUGUUUUGUGAGAAAUGAUUUGUUGUUUUUGGCCAUGGUCAUGGAAGUUUUCUGAAAAAUUGAUCACCUAGUUUGACAC